GUUUCCCGGGAAAGAUAACCGCAACUUGUGAAAGAAGGAAAACCUCUCUUCUCUGACUGUCUUGUCUACGUUCAAAUCUCUGUUAAUCCAUGUUUUCUCAAAGAACUCUCUAAUCUGAGAUAAAGUCGCAAGUUUUCCUCGCCGAAACGCAAAAAAGGGUUUGUUUAUCGUCCUCACGAAAAGGAUUUUUUUUUUUUUUUUUUUUAUGGAAGAUCCCGCGAUUCAAAGAUUUCCCAGUCAACCUGCUCCCGGAACCCCAACUCCAUCUUCUUCAUCUUCGCAGCUGAAUCUAGCUCCGACGAUGUCCGACGAGGACUCAGCCCGUUCGCGCUACAUCGAACGCCUAAUCAACGCCAACCACCACCCAUCGCCGUCGAGGACGAUCUACUCCGAUAGGUUUAUUCCCACCAGAACCGGCUCCAACUUCGGGCUCUUCCACCUCCCAGCGCCGCGACAGUCCAGCUCUUCCGAGGGCCGCGAGGAUAGCUCCACCAGCGUCUAUUCUACGCUCCUUCGCACGGUUCUCUUCGGCCCUGAAUCUAGCGUCGUCUCGCCGGUUACGCCCGAGAAGAGGAGCGACUGGAUGAACCCCCCCAGCCGGAAUAUUUUCCGUUACAAGACGGAUACCUGCCAGGCUUUGCAUUCCCUUUUUCCAUUUGGGUCUGACGAUGCAAUGCCCGGGGUUAAUCAUAGCCCGGUAAAGGCUCCAAGGAAGAUCCCACGGUCGCCGUAUAAGGUUUUAGACGCGCCAGCUUUGCAAGAUGACUUUUAUCUAAAUCUGGUGGAUUGGUCUGCGCAUAACGUCUUGGCGGUGGGAUUGGGAAACUGCGUUUACUUGUGGAAUGCUUGUAGUAGCAAGGUAACCAAGUUGUGUGACUUGGGAGUCGACGACAGUGUCUGUUCGGUAGGGUGGGCUCAGCGCGGUACACAUCUUGCUGUUGGUACCAGCAAUGGAAAAGUUCAGAUUUGGGAUGCAUCUCGGUGUAAAAGGGUAAGAACUAUGGAGGGUCAUCGACUCCGUGUCGGGGCCUUAGCUUGGAGUUCAUCUCUUUUGUCUUCUGGUGGCCGGGACAAGAGUAUUUUUCAACGAGAUAUACGUGCUCAGGAAGAUUUUGUUAGUAAACUCUCUGGACACAAGUCAGAGGUUUGUGGACUAAAGUGGUCUUAUGAUAAUCGUGAAUUAGCAUCUGGAGGCAAUGAUAACAGACUUUUUGUUUGGAAUCAAAAUUCAACUCAGCCUGUGCUGAAAUACUGUGAGCAUACAGCAGCAGUUAAAGCUAUUGCAUGGUCUCCCCAUGUUAAUGGACUUCUUGCAUCAGGGGGAGGAACUGCAGACCGAUGUAUUCGUUUCUGGAAUACAACCACAAAUUCACACUUGAGUUGCAUGGACACUGGAAGUCAGGUAUGCAAUCUUGUUUGGUCCAAGAAUGUCAAUGAACUUGUCAGCACCCAUGGAUACUCCCAAAAUCAGAUAAUAGUUUGGAGAUAUCCUGCCAUGUCAAAGUUGGCAACUCUUACGGGCCAUACAUUUCGAGUUCUCUAUCUUGCCAUCUCACCUGACGGACAGACCAUUGUCACAGGAGCUGGAGAUGAAACGCUUAGGUUUUGGAAUGUGUUCCCCUCCGCUAAAUCACAGAACACAGACAGCGAGAUUGGAGCAUCAUUUCUGGGAAGAACUACAAUUCGAUAAUCAUCGCCGACAUUUGGCUUAAGGGAAAUAAUUCGAUUGUUUAUACCAUGGAUUGACAUCUCUGUCAAUGGGGAAUAAGACAUUAUAUAUUCCUCGGGUUCAAAAUUUAUUUUGUGCUAAGAGAGACUCAAGUUGGUCUGCUUGACCCAACCCACAAUAUGCAGAGAACUUGCAAGGACCUAACAAUGCUAGGAUGGGAGUUGGAAGUGAUGGAACCCCUGAUUUUGGACAUCUUUUUCACACGAGCAGUGAAUUUUUUUUUUUUUUUCUUUUUGUUGCUGGAGGAGGUGUUAAACAAUUAUUUUAACAGCUCCGUUGUAUAUUUGAAAAGGAAGAAUACUAGCAUGGUCUGACCAUGGCAUGCUUCUGUAAUAUAUGUAAAUGACUAUCAUUUUCUUU